AUAAAAUAAAAUAAAAAAUUUAUUUUAUGAGUCCUUAAUCAUUUUUUUUAAUUCCUAUAAUUUUAUUUUAAAUAUUAAUAUAAAAAUGAAUAAUUUUAUUCCAAUAAAAAAAUGCAACGUUAAAAGGCUUUUACUAAUUUGUGAUUUUGGAUCAAUGGAAAAAAAUUGUAAUAAAGACAAUUCCACGUGUAAUAUCGAAUUUUUUUUCCAUCAAUGGUUUUAUUUUAGAAAUGCCUUUUUUUAAUAUAGUUUUUUUUUUAAAUAAACUAAAACCAAUUAAUAUAAAAAAUAAUAUAUAUGUUUGAAAGGAGAAACAAAUUUACGCGGACCAAUUUGGUGCUAAAUACCAAAUAAUGAUUUUAGGGAUUUUGGAAACGAAGGGCCAGAAUUCAGGUUCGGGACGGAAAAGCGUGUCACUUGCAGGUCUGUAAGUAAAAUGAGGCGAAUAAUCAGAGAUUUGAAACCAAUUGCAAAUAUUUUUGACUUUAGGAACGUUGGGGUGUAUCGAUUUUGAUACGGUCUCACGCUCCGAAUCUUUUGUUCCUCUUUUUUCUGUUUUAAAAUGGUGAUGUGGCAUCGUUUUAUUGGAUGUGCUUAACACGUGAUGGCGGAUUCACAUGAGUACCCCACUUCAAAGAAAUCAUCGCAAAUCUCGUUUUCAAGCGGAGAGAGAGCGAAGUGCAGAGGGAGUGAGAGCGAGAGCGAGAGCGAGAGUGUUCAGAGUGUUUAUAUCUGCAUCUGCGAUUUCUUGGAAGCCAUAACAGGAUUCAAAGAGAGAGAUGUAUUCUCUUCUCUACGCUCUGGCUCCUUCAUGGACUUCAGCGGCGAUACUAUUGACAUUCUUCGUCUACCUGGCGAUUGCUGGAUCUAUUCUACCAGGAAAGGUGGUUCCUGGAGUGAUCUUAUCAGAUGGCACUCGUCUCCAUUAUCGCUGCAAUGGCUUAUUAUCUCUUCUUUUGCUGGUUGGGCUCCUUGGUGUUGGGGUUUGGAUGAAUUACGUAUCACCAACAGCAAUAUCAGACAGAGGACUUGAGCUUUUAUCGGCAACCUUUAUAUUCAGUUUUCUUGUGACAAUGCUACUUUAUACAGCUGGUUGCAAGUCAAGGAAUCUGGGCUCAUCUCUAAAGCCUCAUGUCACCGGAAACUUAAUAUAUGACUGGUGGUUCGGGAUACAGCUUAAUCCUCAGUUUAUGGGCAUUGACAUCAAAUUUUUCUUUGUAAGAGCUGGAAUGUUAGGAUGGCUGCUUAUCAAUCUUUCCAUUCUAGCAAAAAGAAUUCAGGAUGCCAACUUGAGCCAAUCAAUGAUCCUUUACCAGCUAUUCUGUGUGCUGUAUAUCCUGGACUACUUUUUUUAUGAGGAGUACAUGACCUCCACAUGGGAUAUCAUUGCGGAGAGAUUGGGCUUCAUGUUGGUGUUUGGGGAUCUAGUGUGGAUCCCUUUUACUUUUAGCAUCCAGGGUUGGUGGCUUUUAAGAAAUCAAGUGGACCUAACAACAGCUGCUAUUGUUGCAAAUUGCUUUGUUUUUCUGAUGGGGUAUCAAGUGUUUAGAGGGGCUAACAAACAAAAGCACGUGUUUAAGAAGAAUCCCAAGGCACUUAUUUGGGGUAAGCCUCCAAGAGUUAUUGGGGGAAAGUUGCUUGCGUCUGGUUAUUGGGGAAUCGCAAGGCACUGUAAUUACCUUGGGGACUUGUUGUUGGCACUGUCCUUUAGUUUACCUUGUGGGAUAAGUUCCCCAGUUCCAUAUUUUUAUCCUACUUAUCUUCUUAUUCUACUAGUAUGGAGGGAAAGAAGAGAUGAAGCUAGGUGUGCAGCUAAGUAUAAAGAAGUGUGGACAGAGUACUGUAGGCUUGUUCCAUGGAGAAUAUUGCCAUACAUUUACUAGUAACAAGGUUCUGCAUUUGUUUAACAUAACCUGUCUGGCAAAUUAAAUGCUGCUGGUUUGUACUUCUACAUGUAGGGAUGUUGUUGGCCCUCAAAUUAUAUGCUGCUUGCUGGAAGAACCUUGGGGCUCUUGUUUGUACACUAUGUAUUUCUUUUUAAUGGUUUGUCAUUUCAAAAAGAUAAGUUUGGAUCCUUCAACAAAAUGCAGGCUUUCUUGUAGGGUUAUUCCCUCUUUGAUAUUUGAUGUUUUAAUAUGAAGGAAAAUAUCCAAAUGUUUGACA